ACAUUUAAUUAUGAUCCUGAACUUGAUUUACGUGAAGAACAUUUAUUACUUGUAUCAAAACGUUUAUUAACAACAUUACGUGAAAGUAAAAUAAAACAUUUAUCAUGUGAUAAUUUAUAUCUUCCAUGUAAUCAUAUACGAAAUAUAGCAAGACAAUGUUUAAUUAUGUCAGCUGAAGAACCAUUUGGUAUAAUGGGUGCACAAAUAAAAAUUAAAUUAACAUUAUUAUCACCUAAUAUGACAACAACAAUAACAAAAUAUUUACCAAUAAUACAAAUAAAUUCAAAACAAAAGACAACAUUUGAAAUUGAAAUUGAUUUACAUGAAGAUACAAAAGUAUUUACAUUAAGACAUUUUCUUCCUAAAAUGAAAAUGUUUCAACAAAUAAAAGAACGUAGUCCAUUAUAUGUAAGUCCCCGGUGUUUAUUAAUUAAAAAUGUUUUUUAUAAAACAGCUGAACCAAAACGAGCUUAUGUUAAUUCAUCUUGA